AUGUUGUUGCAUGCUGCUACACAGCCAUAUGUGCCGCAGUCAGAGAUGCAGACCAAGGCUAGUAGUAAUCGUGGAAUGGGCGAUGCUGUGAUGGACGCAUCUAAGAGCCUAAUUAACGUCAAACUGGAUCCCGAGGAAAUCUUUACAAAGCACGAGCGCAUCGGACGCGGCUCUUUCGGUGAAGUGUAUAAGGGGAUUGACCGAAGAACCUCCCAGGUCGUUGCAAUCAAAAUCAUUGAUUUGGAGCAAGCAGAAGAUGAAAUCGAAGAUAUUCAGCAAGAAAUCCAGGUGCUUAGCCAGUGUGAUUCUCCAUACGUCACGAAAUACUAUGGAAGUUAUCUCAAGGGUUCGAAGCUAUGGAUCAUUAUGGAGUAUCUUGGCGGCGGAUCAGCGCUCGAUCUAACAAAAAGUGGGAAGCUGGAUGAAAGUCAUAUUGCUGUCAUUUUGAGAGAGAUUCUGAAAGGUCUAGACUAUCUUCACAGCGAGAGGAAAAUACAUCGUGAUAUAAAAGCGGCCAAUGUUUUGGUGAGCGAACAAGGUGAUGUGAAGGUGGCUGAUUUUGGUGUUGCUGGGCAACUGACGGAGACAGUCAAGAAACGUAUCACUUUUGUUGGUUCACCAUUUUGGAUGGCUCCCGAGCUCAUAAAACAAGCCAGUUAUGACUACAAGGCGGACAUUUGGUCACUUGGAAUAACAGCCAUUGAAUUGGCUCAGGGGGAACCACCACAUUCCGAUUUGCAUCCGAUGAGAGUAUUAUUUUUGAUACCAAAAAAUCCUCCACCGCAAUUGACCGGACCACAGUGGUCACGAACUUUCAAGGAUUUCGUGGAAUUAUGUUUGAACAAGGAUCCGGACAAUAGGCCAUCUGCAAGUGCCCUUUUGAAGCAUCCAUUUAUCAGGAAAGCAAAGAAAAAUGGAAUUUUGGUGGAAUUGAUUGAGAGAGCUAGGGAGUACCGAUCUCGAACUGGGGUCUCUUCCGACAGUGAUCUUGACGAAGACUCGGAUGGAGGAGGAGGAACAAAUUCAUGGGAUUAUCCAACCGUGCGCGGUAAUGCGAGCGAGCGAAAUGAUGUUGGACUCAGAGACGAAACUGUGAGACAGCGUGAGCGGCAAACUCGGCCUGCUCUUUCUGAACGAACUCAUGUAUCUGUGAAUGGUGAUGACGAUGUCAGUCCAGGUGGAACCAUAGUCAGGUCCAAUGCGACUGUCUUAGCUGUGGCGGAUCAGCUGCGUGGUACGAAUCUGUCUAGUACUGGCGCUGGUGGUGGAAGCGGUAAUCGCGUCAGUGCAUUUGCUCCUACUACCAUAACUGUGGCCAGUCCACCGUCUAGUCCAAAUUUUUCUCAUCCUCAGCAGAGCCAACAUGCUAGUUCUCCUUCUUCAUCUGCCGCUCGCCCCCCUCAUUCUCAGGAUAGACAAAGGUUAUCCGGUUCGGGUGGAAAGGAUGCUUAUACUGCUAACUUCCCCGACAACGAUACGCGUGAUUAUACUAAUGGUAUGAGGAAAUCGCAAGACGAGAGCGCAAAUGAGGGAAGUUCUGGGUCAGGCAGCCGAAACGGGUACAACAAUGUAGCUCUCGCCUCCCAUCAAAGGAUUCCGUCACCUCGACGAAGGAUUGCUGGUGCUUUGGAAUAUAGUCUACUACCCGCUUUGGAUGGUAUGGCCCGCACUCGUCAUGCCACUGCUGAACUUGAUGCUCUUGCAAGUGCCUUUCGGCACGCAGAAGAUGUUUGUCCGGGUAUCUGCAAUGAACUGAUUGAGGAGCUUCUUACUAGAUUAGCUCUCCCCCAGGUGAACCAGAGUGAUUUGAGAAGGGCCGUUCAAAGGCUGACGACACGUCCAAGCUGACAAGCUAGUACAGUUCAAUCAUAAUCACUUAGUGAAGGAGUGUAUGGAGGUGGUCUCAGCUACCUUACAUUUUCUCAUCGUUUCGGAGCAAAUAUUUAGGAGAAAGUUUGAUUUUAAGAUGAAGAGGUUUAUUUCCAGUGUUGUUCCAGCACUAUUUUGCUUUUGCCUUUUUUUCUGCUGUUUGGAAUUCAUGUAAAAACUUCCAUUGUAUACCAGUUGUUGACCGAUUUGUGGGGACAAUUCAUUGGGCAAGAGUGAUGGUUGAAUCUUGCGUUAGCCUUUUGUACGAUAUCGAAGCUUUUUUCCGCGCUUUUCUGUAAUUCUAGCGGUGGAGUGUUGCCAAUUACUUUAUUUAGUACUGAUCACUGAUUGAACGGGAACUGAUUUAUUUUUGAUUUUGUUGGAAUAAACAUGCAGUAUGUCUGGU